AUGGCGCGCCACGAUAACGACGGCAUGGCGGCGGAGCUCCUCAGCCGUCGACCCCAGCCGGUCUCGUCGUCUCCCGGAGCAGCGUUGGCGAUACUCCUGAUGCUGGCGUGGUAUCUACGGUCGUGGUACAGGUUGCGACACAUCCCCGGCCCCUUUCUCAACUCCAUCUCCAUCGCGCCCAUGAACUGCAUGAGCCUCGGCGGGAAACUCAGCUUCCGGCUCAAGGACCUAGGUGACAGAUACGGCCCGCUGGUCCGCGUCGGCCCGAACGAGGUCUUGUUCGGCGAUGCGGAUAGCUAUCGCGCCAUCUCGGCGGUCCGCUCCGACUUCACAAAGGGCCCGUGGUACGCCCUCUCCAAGGUCGUCCCGGACCAGGACAGCCUGUUCUCGCUGCGAGACGACGAGAAGCGCAAGGAGUUGAAGGCCAAGCUGAGUCCAGGCUACGCCGGACGAGAGAACGGCGGCUUCGAGGCGGGCAUAGACAGCAUCGUCGCGCGGCUCGUCACGCUCAUCGGGUCCAAGUACACGUCGACGCCGACCGACUUCCGCCCGAUCGAGUUCUCCCACAAGGCCCAGUACUUCGCCCUCGACGUCGUCAGCGAGCUCUCGUUCGGCGAGGCCCUGGGCUUCGUCGCCGGCGACGAGGACCUGUUCCGCUACGUCGAGACUAACGACCGCAUCUUCCCCGUCCUCGCCGUCAUGCUGAACAUGCCGUGGUUGGGUAUCGCGAUGCAGCGGUGGCCGCUGAACAAGCUGCUGCCGUUCGAGAGCGACCGGUUCGGCUUCGGGAGGCUCAUGGGGUAA